UUUCUCCAAGUAAAAUUUUAAUGAUUCCAAUAGGUAAUCCACUCGGUCCCCUACCUACAGUAAUCACUAAUUCCAGAGUGACCUUACCUACCAGAAGUUCUUCAGCAGAACUGUAAUGGGUUGAACAAAAAUCAGUUAAUAGAAGAAAACCCCGUUAUUUAUACUGACAAGAAGAUUAGCUAAUAUGGAACAAGAGGAUGCCAGUGAAACGCCCAAAUCUAUUCUCAAAUCCAUGAAAAUCCUGCCAGUGAUGUUUCUCUACGUAAUUUCCUCCAUGAUGUCCACUCUAACUACAGAAAACCUCAAUCUAGAAAAAGCAUGCUUGGUCAAUAUAGGUUUCAAUGAAAGCAUAUGCCAAGCCAUGGUGGUUAGGAACAGUUCGGCAUACACUGCAGAUCAAGAGAUUAAGGUGCACAAAUUGGUGACCAGCUUGCUUGUCUACAAGACUGCCAUACAAGGCCUAAUACCGUUCUCGCUGAUGCUGUUCUUAGGUUCUUGGAGUGAUACUUACAAGAGGAGGAGACCUUUCAUAAUAAUACCGAUAUGUGGAGACAUCGUUAGUUCCUUAGGAUUCAUCAUCUGCACUUUUUUCUUUCUUGAACUUCCAGUGGAGGUAGCUAUCUUUUUUGAAGCUGUACCAGUAGCAGUAGCUGGUUAUUGGUUUUGUUUUUUCGUCGGAGUAUACAGCUACGUCACAGAGACAAGUUCUGAAGAAACAAGAACCAUGAGAAUAGGUUUGGCGACAGUAUCGAUUCAUGUAUCUAUCACUUCCGGAAUCGCAUUAAGUGGAAUCUUUUAUAGAACUUUAGGUUUCUACGGUGUCUAUAGUUUGUCUGUUAUUAUGUAUGUGAUUGCUUUAGUGUAUGUUCACUUCGUUAUUCAAGAUCAGAGUUUAAUAUCUGAAGAACUUCCCAGAAAGAAACUUCUGAAGGACAUUUUCGAUCAUCGACACGUUUCUAGGACACUGUCCCUCUGUUUGAAAAAGAAGGAACAUAAUAGAAGACUUAAGUUAAUACUGGUAAUGGUUUUGGUUGUUUUGAACGUUGGUUGCUACAGAGGUGAACUUACAGUUAUGUACAUGUUUACAAGAAGGAAAUUUACAUGGAACGAAAUAGAUUUCAGUAUAUAUAAUACUUAUCAUUUCACAACUCAUAUGUUAGGAGCAUUAUUUUGCUUGAUGGUUUUCAUAAAAUGGAUGAAAAUCGAUGAUACCACUUUGGGUAUGUUAGCCAUGAUGAGUAAAGUUGUUGGAAGUUUUUCUAGUGCAUUUGCUCCCACACCUUUAUUUUUCUAUUUGGCUGCACUGACAGAAGUUUUUAAUGGUAGCUCCCAUAUAGCCAUGAGAUCCAUCAUGUCAAAGUUGGUGACCCCAAAUGAGCUUGGACAAACUUUUUCUCUAUUUGGUCUAUGCGAGGCUUUCACUCCUCUUUUAUGUGGGCCUUUAUACAGCUAUGUAUAUCAUCAGACCAUAGAAAAUUUCCCUGGAGCUUUCUACUUUGUUAGUGUUUGUCUUCAUACAGGUGCUUUCUUGAUAUUCUUAUGGCUAUUUUUACUCAGAAGGGACGUGGUACAAAAUGAAACAAUGAAAGAACACGAGAAUAUCGAGAUGUUGGAAAAAACCAGAAGAGAUUCAUUGAAUAAUGAAUGUUAAAACCAAAUCUACACUCAUCUUUUCAUAUGUUAGUUGUUGAGAAUUCGUUUUUAUGAAACACACCAAAUAUUAUAAUAAAAGUAUACACUCCCAAAAAAAGGGAAGCUUGAAGUUUUCUAGAUACUACUAUGUGAAAGAAAAAGAUACAUCUGUAUUUUUGGUAAUGGUAGCAUAAAUUGUAGUAUACCAUGACUGAUUAUUCUAUUAGUACC